CGAUCCCCCUUUUUUUGACAGCCGGCUCCCGCUAAUAGCGUGGCCGCGAACAAAUUCUCGUAGAAAAGUGUUGUUUAUCAUUAACGAUUACUUUUCACUGUUAAAAAUGUUACACAAUGUUAUAAAACUUAGCCAUUACCGAAGAAAAGUGUUUCACGUGCUACCAAACGUACGGUGGACGGUUCGAAGAACGCUCAUUACCACUGCCCUGGAAAAUCCAGAAGUUGAUGUUGCCCUCAGUACCGGGAGAAUCUUACGAAUAUCGUCCGGCAAGUAUGCACGAUUCGCCGACGGCUGUUCCGUCGUAACGAUAGGCGAUACCGCUGUGAUGGUAACGGCGGUAGCGAAACAAAAGUCACAAAAUGCCUCUUUCCUGCCGUUGGUGGUUGAUUAUCGGCAAAAAUCGGCCGCAGCCGGUCGUAUACCGACCAACUUCCUUCGCCGGGAACUCGGUCCUUCCGAGAAGGAAAUACUUUCAGCACGACUGGUGGAUCGCUCGAUAAGGCCACUGUUCCCGGCUGAGUUCCGGUACGAUACACAGAUCGUUUGUAAUAUGCUGGCAAUCGAUUCCGCAAACCCACCGGAUGUGCAGGCAAUAAAUGGCGCAUCAGCCGCACUUGCUUUGAGCGAUAUUCCAUGGAACGGUCCCGUUGGAGCGGUUCGUGUAGGGCUCGUAGACAGCGAGGUAAUCAUCAACCCGACCCGCAAAGAAAUGCAACUAAGCACACUAGAUCUGGUCGUAACGGCUACGCGCCAAAAUCUGGUUGUCAUGCUGGAAGGUCGCGGGAACGUGGUGAACGAAAACGAGCUACGAAUGGCCAUUAAGAAGGGAACGAAGGAGGCACAGCUCAUUAUCAACGGUAUCGAGCGAUUGCAAAAGUCUCACGGAAAGCCUAAGCGAGCUCUCGAACCACUUCCGGCUGUGGAAGAGGAGAUUCAGCACGCCGUCCGGACAAUGUCGGAAAUGCGACUGAGAGAAAUAUUUCGAGACUAUUCGCACGACAAGUUCAGCCGGGAUCAGGCUGUGAGCAAGACGCGUACCGAUACGAUCGAUAAGGUUUGGUCGAGCUACCCGAAUGCCGAUCCCGGUCUCAUAUCCGAGACGUACAACAAGUUCGUGAAGAGUGUGUUCCGUGAAAUGCUGCUGGAAGAUAGUCGUCGCUGUGAUGGCCGUGGGCUUGAUGAUUUGCGGAAAAUCAGUUGCUCGGUAAACCUUCACAAACCACUGCACGGUUCGGCAUUGUUCCAGCGUGGUCAGACGCAAGUGUUUUGUACGGUUGCGCUGGAUUCUCCGGAGAGUGCGCUGCGUCUUGAUCCGAUCGCGUCACUCGAUAGUGGCAUGAAGUCGAAAAAUUUCUUCCUGCACUACGAAUUCCCACCGUACGCAACGGGCGAAACAGGUAAAAUUGGUCCAAUCGGUCGUCGUGAGAUAGGGCAUGGUGCGCUAGCUGAGAAGGGCCUGGUGCCUAUUAUACCGAAUGAGCAUCCGUUCACGAUAAGGCUAACAUCGGAAGUGCUGGAAUCGAACGGAUCCAGCUCGAUGGCGACGGUGUGUGCCGGCUCGAUGGCACUGAUGGAUGCAGGUGUUCCGGUGCAGGAAGCGGCCGCCGGUGUAGCGAUAGGACUGAUCACAAAGUACGAAAACAACGACACGAAACAUCUCGAGGAUUAUUGCAUACUGACGGACCUGCUCGGGAUUGAAGAUUACAUGGGUGAUAUGGACAUGAAGGUGGCUGGCACUCGACGCGGCAUGACAGCGAUACAGGCCGACAUUAAGGUGCCAGGAAUACCUUUAAAAGUAGUCAUGGAAUCACUGCAAAAAGCGAUGGAAGCACGGUUUAAAAUCCUGGACCUAAUGGACGAAUCGAUCAGCACGGCACGUACCGUCCGGAAGGAUUGUUGGCCGGUCACGGAUCGACUGGUGAUCGAGCCACACCAACGCUCGAAGCUACUCGGCCCCGGUGGCACAAACUUACGGCGACUGUACCUCGAAACGGGCGUACAGCUAACGUCCGACGAUGAAACGAGCUUCCGGAUAUUCGCUCCGUCCGAGGCAGCAAUGCACGAAGCGAAGGAAUAUCUGGAGAAUCUGCUUAAAGCGGAAAAGAUACCGGAUCUCGAGUUCGGUGCGAUCUACACUGCCCGGAUAGUGGAGCUACGCGACACGGGCGUGAUGGUUACGCUGUACCCUUCGAUGCCACCAACACUUCUUCACAACUCACAGCUCGAUCAACGCAAGAUCGCUCACCCGUCUGCGCUAGGAUUACAAGUCGGUACUGAAAUACAGGUGAAGUACUUUGGACGCGAUCCAGUAUCGGGCUAUAUGCGUCUGUCGCGGAAAGUGUUGCAAGGACCAGCUACUGCCAUGAUUCGGAAUCUCGAUCGUCCUGCCCUGGGGACUGCAUCAGCAACAGCUGCCGGAAGUAGCAGCGGGACGAAUCAAACCAACAACGGCAUGGAGGAUGUGAAAAGUUAGUCUUUAUCACUCGAGCUCUUGUGGUAGUUCCGAAGGAAAAUCGAAGUAAGAAAUAAAUGUGUACAUACUGUAUCGCUAAGCUCUAAA